CCGCAGCCGCGUCGUCCUCUGGAGGGCCGGGGCCGACGGGCCCCGCGGGCGCCGAGGCCGCCAAGCAGUGCAGCCCCUGCUCGGCCGCGGCGCAGACCUCGUCGGGGCCCGCGGCUCUGCCCUACGGCUAUUUCGGCAGCGGCUACUACCCGUGCGCCCGCAUGGGCCCGCACCCCAACGCUAUCAAGUCGUGCGCGCAGCCCGCCUCGGCCGCGGCCGCCGCCUUCGCGGACAAAUAUAUGGACACCGCCGGCCCCGCGGCCGAGGAGUUCAGCUCCCGCGCUAAGGAGUUUGCCUUCUACCACCAGGGCUACGCGGCCGGGCCUUACCACCACCAUCAGCCUGUGCCUGGAUACCUGGAUAUGCCGGUGGUACCCGGGCUCGGGGGCCCAGGCGAGUCGCGCCACGAGCCCCUGGGUCUGCCCAUGGAAAGCUACCAGCCCUGGGCGCUGCCCAACGGCUGGAACGGCCAAAUGUAUUGCCCCAAAGAGCAGACGCAGCCUCCCCACCUCUGGAAGUCCACUCUGCCCGACGUCGUCUCCCAUCCCUCAGAUGCCAACUCUUAUAGGAGGGGGAGAAAGAAGCGGGUGCCUUACACUAAGGUGCAAUUGAAAGAACUGGAACGGGAAUACGCUACGAACAAAUUCAUUACCAAGGACAAACGGAGAAGGAUAUCAGCCACAACGAACCUCUCUGAGAGGCAGGUCACAAUCUGGUUCCAGAACAGGAGGGUCAAAGAGAAAAAAGUCAUCAAUAAGUUGAAGACCUCUAGUUAAUGGAUUAAAAGAUGGAGCAGAGGGCAACUUGAAGAA